CGCUUCAAUCCAGCUAGGUUAAUGCUGGAUUGAGAUAAACAAUUUAAUUGAGGGAAUGAGAAAUAUAUUAUUUCUAGUUUGGUAUAUCCUAUAUGGCUAUCAAAAAAGAACGGGUACCACGUUGUAUAGUAACCUCCCGAAGUGAUGCGGGACCGCUUGCAGUCACGUGCGAGCUCCCGGUAGCUGCCGGUGAACAUGGAGAGUUCGAGGUAGGGAGCAGUUCAAUUGUGGACCUUGAGACUGGCGAUUCCGCUGAUAUUGUGUUCGUGGUCCAGGAGAAUCGGUGCAAUUCCUACGUUGCCGGCCACGUCCCCGCCCUCGUCAAAAGCCUCGAAAGGGAACUCGCCAAUAGGGACAUCAGACAGAAUAGGUAUGGCGUCGUGUCGUUCGGCCGCUCAACAAACAUCGAUGAGCCUUUCACACAAACCGCAAAUGGUCAAACAUUUUUCCCUGCGAAAGAUUUGCCACUAGCCUUCCAAGGCAUGAAUUUUAGUACUACGAACGAAGCUGAUAUCUACCUUGCCAUCCGCCAAGCGAUUAUUGGGUAUAGAUUCAGGCCAACGGCAACGAAAAUUAUUACGGCGCUAACCUGCGCCCCAUGCGAAAUCGUUGACGAGACCGCUCCAGAUUCUGUGGACUUACGGGCAGCUCUGCUCGAUAAUGGAAUCAUUCUGCACCUAAUUUCCAAAACCGACAUUCGGGUGCGCGGUAGCGCCCGAAAACACCUCGAUAUAUUGGGCAUAGAUAGUUCAACUGUUUUCAGCUCGAGAGAUGCAUACCGGAGAGAGUCCGAGGGUAAUCCAGAACUUCGAAGUCAGUUGCGUCCUCCAAAGGAUCGAUGCGCAUCGUUGGCCCAAGAAUCUCGGGGAAGUUAUUUUCUAACGCCGCGUCGAAGUACAGUUCGAGCAUGGCGAACCGUUCUUUCCCGACGUAUAGCCCAGGACGUGACGUUUGAGGAACGCUGUCUGAAGUGUGAAUGCAUUCCCGUCGAAAAUUGGAGCACAAUGACCACAUGUAGACCAUGCAAGCCAUAUAGGGGAACCGGUAGUGCGCUGGAUAACGACUACGAGGAUAUUGAUUAGUAGUUCAAGUUGUCGCCUGCCAGCGGAUCCCACCACUAUUGUGACCAAUCCAAUAUUAUGGUCAGAUUCUGUCGAUUAGAUUAUAUAAUACUGAAAUAAGAAAUAGAUUUGCUUAUAAAAUGAAUAUAGACAUGUUCGCUGCUAAAUUUGAAAUAAAAAGAAAGCAGUCAUAUUUUCUCUGAGGUGAUUCUACUUCAUUCAGAAGGAGUCAACAACUUUGCCGUUUCGCCAGUGAAGCCGACAGAGGCAGCUGAAUCAAAACACGGACGACAAAGCAACUCCUUAGACAUGGCAUCUAUGCACUAUUUCUACACUGCUAACCUAAGUUAGCAAUAAAUUAAAAAUUACUUUUGGAUAACAGUCUAUCACUUUGCCCUAAAAAAGGGCACACCUUGUGGAGUAUGCGUGUCAUCGAUGGCAGCACAAUAUGCCAAGUAAAAAAUCUUUUUAUCUUAGCUAAAGAGGAAGUUAUGUUAAUAUGCUUUCAUGACGUCCCCUAGCAUCAUUUAUAGAAAAAUCGGCGUGAGAAAAACGCUGCACUAGAAGAGCCCCAUCGCCCGCUCAAGCUACAGCUAUGGCGAGACGUUAGAAGAAGACUGGUACAAAAUGAACGAUAAACCAUGGUAUAUUUUUUA